GUGAGUUAGUUAUUAAUGACUAACAGAAAAACAGUAUUAUUUUCCUUCUUACUCGUUUGGAGAAAUACCUGCAUUUGUACAUUUUUUAGCUUAAUUACUAGAUUUAGAUAAGAUUUAUUAGGCAUUAUUAUCUGUAACUGUUGGUAGUUACAACUCACUUACUGUUGGUAUUCAAUCCUUUGGGAUCAAUACAUUUACCAAGAUGCAUAGUUUUUACAUAUUUAAUCCGAAACAAGGCCACGUAAUUUAAUAAAUAAUGUACCAGUAAAUGUAUAGCUUGAUCGGCUGGCAAUUUAAAGUUUUUGUUUGAUUGAAAAUUGUCAUGGAAAAACAAUGUCGAGCUUUUUGUGCUAGAGGUACAUUUUAAAUAAACAAAUGGACACAUUUUGGAAGGAAGAUAACUAAAUACUUCGGUUGUUUAUCGGUUUAAUUUUUUUUUAUGUUGCAUAAAUGAGAUGUCAGUAAAAUAUUCAUAGGGUAUUCUUAUAUUUAAAUACUAGUUGAUAGGUUAUCGAUGUGUUUCUUCGAUAAUAUGUACAUUUUUUAAUCUAAUUUCUUAUAUUUUAUAUUUCUGUUGAAUUAGAAUGCGAUUUAACCGUGUGCUGCGAUCACACUUAGUUAACAGUGACUGCAGCAUCUCUAGCGAACUCUAUUCUCCGAACUUGUUCUUUUGCCGAUUGAUUCAUUGACUGUUUUCCAUAAACUACCUCUGGUUUCUCUCUGACUUUGCAGAUCAUAUUCCACUAGUGGUUGAGUGGGUAUCAUACUUUCCCUUAUUUUUCCAUUCUGGGUAAUUGCAUUGACAACGAGGGCAUUGCCCCUGUUAGUAACCAGAGUGUAGCAAUUAAAAUGGGUAGCAAAGCCAUCGACAUUUACUACUAUUCACCUAGUCCACCCUCAAGGGCUGUGCUUAUGUUAAUGAAGGCUCUCGGUUUAGAGCACAACAUUAAAAUAACUAACGUUGUCAUUGGUGAAUCUAAGAAGCCAGAAUUCAUAAAGAUGAAUCCUCUGCAUACGAUUCCACUGAUUACCGACAACGACUGGCACUUAUAUGACAGUCAUGUGAUCAUGCAGUACUUGGUGGAUAAAUACGCAAAAGAUGACAGUUUAUACCCUAAGGACCUUAAGAAAAGAGCAAUUGUUAAUCUGAGACUGUUCUUUGACGCGUGCUACUUGUUUCCCAAGUUUGGUGCUUACCACGCUCCUACUCUCUAUAGCGGAAUAGCACCAUCGGAAGAAAAUGCAAAAGCAAUGGACGAAGUUUUAAUGCAUCUCGACCAUUUCUUGGAAGAAAACAAAUACACAGCAGGUUCACAUUUAACUAUUGCAGAUUUUGCAAUUAUACCUACUAUUGCGACUAUCGACGUUAGCCUGCGGAUCUGCCGAUCUAACUAAAUACCCCAACAUACGACUAUGGUACCGAAGAACAAAGAGCGAAAUGAGCGCAUUCGGUUACGAAGAAGUCAACCAAGCGGGAUCAGAGGUGUUUGCUCAGUUCUACAAAACUAAAUUAUCAGCUAUACAGUAAUUAAACAAGAGCACGUAGUUAAUUCAUAAGAAGUCAAGUUAGUUUACAGUCAAUGUUCACAUCUCGGAGUUAAAACACGCUGAUUUACCUAAAAGCAUGAAUAAAAGUAUUGCAUAGAUUGCAUCGUUUUUUAUUUCCUUGUUAAUCACUCGGUUGGAGCCACCGGUCUCUUUUCUAAGAAUUAUCUCUAUUGCAGAGCAACAUUAACGUUUUAGCGAAGUUGCAAUCUAUCAAUAUUCAGGUAGGUGGAUAUUUAAGGUAGUUCGCUAUGGGAAGGAAUCGGUGAUAACAUUGUCCCAAUAAUGACCAUCACAUACCUUUGCACAUUCAGUUGUUCGGUUAGUGGUUGAAACGCGCAAUUUAGUCGUCUCCAGAAACUCGACCUAGACUCAUUUAACAGUGGGAAAAUUUUCGUACAUACGCCG